AUGCUAUGCGCUGUCGUUGUACUAUUUCUACUUUUUCUGUACUUGCUGUACUUUCACCACAGUUCGUUGCGAGCAGGUCAGGAUGGAAUCCAAGUUAUUCAGUUCUUGGAAAAUAUCAUUUUCCAGGCGAUCGAUGCCCAAAAACGUCGUGACAGUGACAAAAGCAAAGGCUCGACAGUUGCUGAAACCAAAGAGAACAAAACCGCUGAAAAGACUGUGAGAAACAGACAUGUAGAAGCGAAAGAACUGCGAUCAGAGGACAGGCAACGGGCAAAACAGCAGGAUCGAGCGACCAAAACAACCGAGGUUUCGAAGUCCACUUCCAUCCAGAACUUGAAAGUUACGAGGUUGAAAGAUGAGAAGCAUCAGCACAGAAAGAAAGCUCGGAAAAUCCAAAGUGCUGAGAAAGAAAUGAAUGGAACAACCGAAACGCUACCGAAUAAAUCUAAAAUAAAAGCCGACACCAAAUCGGCCGGAAAAGUGCCAAGAACAUCUAAGGCUCUGAAAGCUGAGCGAGGGGUGCUCCUAAAAGAAAGGAUUCAUGGGAAAGGGAGAAACGAGAGAAAGUCUAAGGCUGUACCAAGCUUGCGCAAACUCGAGAAGCACAAGGAGGUAUCUGAGAAAGAAGAAAAAGUAAAAGAAGUUGGAAAACUAGCAAGCGAUAAGUCAUGGGCAAUGAAAAAGUCGGUGACCAGGGAGGCUGUAACAAAGAAGACACCUGAAGAUAUAUUGGGCGAACUCGCCAAAAAGGAAAUAGCCGAAACCGAAUCUCAGAAAAGACCAACGAAUAGCUAUAUCUGGUUGAGGGCCAUGGCGCACCGCAGAAGAUCACCGGACCGUAGAAGCGAAAAGUCGGUUCCUAGUGCGAACUCAAUAUCAUCUACUGCUGCAGUUACGUCAUCCGCAAUCCGCAAGGUCCGAAAUUUAUCGAGAAAAAUGAAGAAUAAAAGUCAACGUGUCAAGGGCUUCGUGAAGAGCCUCGUCUCAAGGAAGAGCCAAUCAAAGGCGGGACUGAAUCAAUCGAAAUCAUUGCCUGAGGCUGUAUCAAAAACCGGCAGCAGGAAGAUGGUAAAACCACCGUCGAGGCUCCACGAGAAGCCAUUGAAGGGUCGAAUGAAAUCGUCGGUGAAAAAAAGGCAUGUCAGGAAAAAAUACACAGAACGGAAACAGUUAACCGCGGAAAAAACUUACAAUAAAAUGCAUGCCACGAAAGGCGAAUCUCAGUUGAGCAGUUCGAGAAAAAGACGUUCCGACGAUACGACAAUGGAAGAAGGCAGUUCGACGAAGGUCCGCAAACUUACGGAAAGUGCAGACGCGCAAAAGUCGUCCGAAAGUGAAGUGAAACUCCACGAAACUACACCCGUAAUGGCGGCCAACAAGAAAUACAAGCCGGAGAAGGCACAAGCCGUUUCUUAUCCCAGGUCUUGGUCACAGUCAAGCGAUGAAAGAGAAACUGGUAAAGAGAAAGAACCAGCUAAGGUCGCAAAGAGAAGUCGUAUAUUCAUUAGCCGAAAAGACGGCACCACCUCCGAAUUGACACAGCUCAGCAACACAGAGUUGGAAGAGGUUUUAAGUGACAGCGCGAUAGAGCGGCUUUUCGAAUUCGUCAAGAAACGUCAUCGCCGAAAAGAAACAAUCAAGGCAGAGUCCAGAACGACGAGCGAAGGCAACGAAGAGGGUUGUAAAAAUCAUAUGGAAACUAAAAAUGUAAAUAAUAGCUCUGAAAAUGACGAAGGGCUAGGCACGGCCGUGAAAACUGGGAAAUUGACACUGCACCAUGAUCAGAAAGAUGAGACAGACGAAAAAAGUCAGAAUGAAGAACCAACGCUCUGCUAUUUGUGA